CGUUCUGUUCAGCUCAAUUCAAUUCAGUUCAGUUCAGCUGAGUUCAAUCAAUGAGAACAGACCCUUCAUCCGUCGUGGUAUUAUUGCAACUCCACUACACGUCCACACUCCGAACUUCCAAAGUCCAAAAUUAACAAAGAAAACACAGUUAACAAAAACUCCGUUAUAUCGACUUUUUUGUCUUUGUCAAAUCAUUCCCACCUCCCUCCCUUCUCUUCUCUGGCUAUCACUCUAUCUCACUCAAUUUCUCUCUCCAAUUAUUUCAUUCUUUCUAAAAAAAAAUAUCGUCUUUCAAAACCCAACCAAAAACCCUUCUGUACUACCUUAAACCCCUCCCAAAAAACAUAAAACAAAGUUUCAUUUUCAUCUAAACAAUGCUUCAUUUUCUGACUCGUGUAAGCUUCUAGCAUUGCCAAAAGCUUCAUUUUCAUGGAAUUUGGUUUAAUGGGCUCAAAUGGGUUGUCGGAUUCGGGCAAUGUGUUAGUUGGAUCUACAGAUUUUUCAAAUAAGGAAAUGCCAUCUUCAGGAACUUCUGAUGAUAAUUGGAAACCCACAAAAAUUGCUAAAUUAAGUAAUGCAUUUUCUGAUUGGCAGCAAGAACAGAAUUUGUUAAGCUUCUGUUCAUCAAAAAGCUCUACAUUUCCAUUUUUUCAGCACCCAAAUUCAUUUUACAGUAAAAGUGCAGGCUAUUCGUGUAAUGGAAGUUUGAAUGCAAAUAUGUGUUUAUCAAAUGGAGUAAGAGCACCAUUUACACCAUCUCAAUGGUUUGAGCUUGAACAACAAGCGUUGAUCUACAAGUACAUUAUUGCAAAUGUUCCCAUACCACCUAAUUUGUUGAUUCCCAUCAGAAGAGCUUUUGAAUCAGCAGGAUUUUCUAGCUUCUCUAGUGGACUUUUGAGACCCAAUACAUUUGGAUGGGGUCCUUUCCAUCUCGGCUUUGCCAACAGUGCUGAUCCUGAGCCAGGACGGUGUCGUAGGACGGAUGGGAAGAAAUGGCGGUGCUCGAGAGAUGCUGUACCUGAUCAAAAAUACUGUGAGCGGCAUAUGAACAGAGGUCGCCAUCGUUCAAGAAAGCCUGUGGAAGGUCAUCCUGGACAUUCCAUCUCCGGAGUCACCACUAACAAAACUAGUUCCUCUACUACUAAUGUCAUGAAUUCCGCCUCUUCUUUGAGUGCAUUAGUGGUGCCUGGUGGUGGUACAUCCAACAGCUUUGCUGUAAACCUUAAUCAAAGCAAGGACAUACAGCCUGUUCCACCAAAUCAUUUGCCUUUUUCCCUAGUUAACAGGCAUAUUGUGAACAAAGCAAACAGCGGCCAGGGAAUGCAAGGCGCAACAGGACUUGACUUUCAAUACCCAAAAAUUAGCCUGAAUUCCAAUGGAAACACAUUCUCAGUUCCUGAAUCCACUGCUAGUGAUUUUGCAUUCCUUACGUCUGAUGCAAUCUUAAAGACCACACAGAGGGACUCUUCUGUCUCUAGGUCUUAUGGUCCAACCCAUGACCUCAAUGCCCAAAGAUCCAAUCCACAACGUUCAAAUCACUCUUUCAUGGAUGAUCAAUCUAGCAUUUUGUGGUCGAAGUUGCAAACACAAACAGACAGGACAACCCAGCUAUCAAUCUCAAUACCACCAGCUGAUUUUAUGUCUUCCACCUCUUCUCCUACUGGAGAAAAAGUUGCUCUAUCUCCUUUAAGAUUAUCACGGGAAGUUGACACUGUCCAAAUGGGUUUGGGAGUGAAUACCAUCACAAAUGAGAGGAGACCCAGUUCUUGGGAAACCUCACUUGAUGGUCCUCUAGGAGAGGUCCUUAAAACCACCACCAAUAGUAGCUCAGGGGUUCAAAGCAAGAGUAUAUUGCCUCUUAAUCUUAUAUCGAAAGGCUAUGAUGGUAAUCCUCAAUCAGCCUCAUCUCCAACAGGUGUACUGGGUUAUUUCUUUAACAGAAGUGCAGGGAGCAGCCCUAAAUCAGAAAGUGGAAAAGCCCUCGAAACUAGUACACUUUCUGGUGAUCUUAUCGGCUUCACUCUUGGGAGUUCAUCUUCCCUGCCCAUCUUUUAGCCAUUUGGGGUGUAUAAGUAGGCACUACUAGACUUCUGUGUCAAAGUUCGAAAAUUUGUUGUACAAUGCUGUUUUGUAGUCUAGUCCACGACAAUUUUUAAGGCUUUGUAGAAUUCUGUGACUUAGAAGUUCUUCAUUCUUAAGUCAUAAGUAGAUCAUAAGGGAAUACUUCAGCUUCUAAUGUGCGUUCAUAUCGCAGUUUUUGGCUGUUUUUUUCACAUUUCUUACACGAAUUAUCGGUAGAGCUCUGUAGUUUGUGACUCUUGGAGUCUGUAGGAUCUGUUUUGUUCGCUUGGCUAUAUAUGUGUAUUAUUGUAUUCUUGAUGAUGAAAA